AUGGGGUACAUACAAUUCGACAAAGUCGAUGUCCCGGAGGACAACGUGGUGCCGCUGGGGCUGUUGAAUCGACAGCUGCAGAAACAGCAGUUGGGCGGAAUGCUCAAGGCCGGGGACACUCGCAAAUGCGACGCCGGAAAAAUCGCGGCUGCUCUGCCGGCAACGGCCAAAAACAUAAGAACCAGAACAAGCUCGACGACGAGCGAAACCGACGGCAUUUCGCUUGCUCGCACUUCUACACAGAACACACGUGACUGCUGGUCGCAGUCCGUUCAUACGACGCUGUCGCCCACGUCAGUGUCUCUAGCGCAAAUGUGGGCAGCGUUACUGGAACCAGAACACUGCAACGAUAGCACGGACAACAGCGGCAACAAGCCUUCGCUGGACGAAGAAUUGUGCGGCAUGCGCUUUGACUCCGUGCCCUUUGCGGAAUUCGACUACUUAACAGCGGACAAGGUGUCACCAUGCACGGAUGCUUCGUCCGGCAAGCCGUCCUCCUCUGCCAGUUCAAAAGAUGUGUCGUUGCCAUGGCCUUCGACUCCGGCAGCCUCAGCGGCUCCGGAAACUCUACCGUCGCCCCCGACAGGGCUCCAGACGGCUUCGCCCGAUUCUGAACAACAAUUUAAAUGUGGGUUCUGCUCCUCCUCUUUCAAGGUUAAGGGUUACUUGACCCGUCAUAUGAAAAAACACCUUAUCAACAAAGAGUUCCAAUGCCCCUUUUGGUGUGAUCAAUGUCGAUGCCACCCAACCGGCGAGUUUUCGCGCAAGGACACUUACAAGACGCAUUUAAAAUCCAUUCAUUUUGUGUAUCCAGUGGGUGUAGCUAAAAACCAACGCUGGAAUUCCAAGGGCAGAUGCGCCGCCUGUUUUCAGGAAUUCAGCAAUAACACCGACUGGUUCGACAAACACGUUGCGAAGCGGGCAUGCAGCGAACUGGCUGUAAAUAUCAAGGAAGAAAGCGAGCUCCAACAAAAUCGGGUCCAUGAAAUGUGGCACGGUUCUUAA